UGGUCAACAGUUAACAAGCCAACCAACCUAUCCUAUUAAAGAGAUAGGAUACCACACCUUCAAAGGAGACCUAUCUUUUCAGAGAAGUGUUGCGCUGAGAGCUGGGCUGUAGUAUAAAAGCCCAGGUAGGGAGAAUAUCUUUGAAUUACUAAGGAAGUUCAGAAUGUGCUAAGGGAAAAGUUCCAUUAGCAAUUUCAGAAGAAAACAGAAGUUUUAAGGGAGAGUAUCAUGCUAACUUGUCAUUCUACUAUGAUUUCACCUAUAAUUUAAUAGCAAAUUACAAUAUUCUUCUUUGCUGACAUCAACUUAAGAGUGACUAUUCACAUUGUCCCAAGUAUGGCUUCGAUUUUACCUGCUUCCAAUACAUCCAUGAGAUCUGACAGGAAUAAAUACAUUGGAAAAGGUUUUGUUCAUGUUAAAAAUCCUUACCUCGACUCUAUGGAUGAAGAUAUUCUCUACCACUUGGAUUUAGGAACAAAAACACACAACCUACCAGCAAUGUUUGGAGAUGUAAAGUUUGUCUGCGUUGGCGGGAGCCCCAACAGAAUGAAAGCAUUUGCACUGUUUAUGCACAAGGAGCUCAGAUUGGAGGACAGUGAAGAGGACAUAAAGGACAUCUGUGCCGGGACAGACAGAUAUUGUAUGUACAAAAUUGGUCCCGUGCUCUCCAUCAGUCAUGGCAUGGGCGUCCCCUCCAUUUCUAUUAUGCUCCAUGAACUCAUUAAAUUACUGUACCAUGCCCGGUGCUGCGAUGUUACCAUUAUCAGAAUCGGCACCUCAGGGGGAAUAGGGAUUGCACCAGGGUCUGUUGUAAUAACAGAUAAAGCCGUAGACUCCUUCUUUAAGCCCCAGUUUGAACAGGUCAUCUUGGACGAUACCAUCACCCGAAGUACAGAACUUGACAAAGAACUGGCUGAGGAACUACUCAACUGUAGCAAAGAAAUUCCUGACUUCCCAACUCUCAUUGGACAUACGAUGUGUACCCAUGAUUUUUAUGAAGGCCAGGGUCGACUAGAUGGAGCACUGUGCUCAUUUUCCAGAGAAAAAGGGCUAGAUUACUUGAAGAGAGCAUAUAACGCCGGCAUCAGGAAUAUUGAAAUGGAAUGUACAGUGUUUGCAGCCAUGUGUAGACUUUGUGGUCUAAAAGCUGCUGUAGUCUGUGUGACACUUCUCAACAGACUUGAAUGUGACCAGAUCAACUCUCCACAUGAUGUUCUGGCGGAAUAUCAGAAAAGACCUCAGCUCCUAAUUGCCAAGUUCAUCAAACAGCGGCUUGGACUUCAUGACUAGACAUCAUAGCUGGGCAGCUCAAUCCUUCCCCAUGAGGUUGUAGUUUCAGUUUUAACGCUUAAGUCAUAUAUUAGUUGUGGCAUUUUAUUUUUAAUAUAGUUCUCAUCCAUGUGCUCACAUCAUAAUUGAGUGAUUUUUAUAAAACUCUUUCUCUUAAAAAUGAAUAUAUUGCAAACAAAUUUAAUAACUUAUGUUAAAUUAAAUUCAAAUCCCAUUUUAAAAUGAGUUAGCUAAGUCAGUCUAAUAAUUAAAAUUGUAAAACUCCUGUAUUGUGACAUUUGGAGUUUCAUAUGCAGCAUUAAUUAAGCUCCCAUUAAAAUAGAUCAACCACUUGUAGAUAUGGUUACCCGUCAUUCUGUUUCUGAAACCCAUCCAGAAAUGCAUGUUAGAACGUUGUCAGGCACUUCUAGCUGUUGGACAAGUGACAGAAAUGGAUCAUGCACAUUCAAAAUAUUUACAGAAAAAAAAAGUGUCAGCAUAAUGUAGGUCUAUGUGAAAAAGCUACUCUUAGGGAAAUAUGACCAUACUUCUUUUUUUCCCCUGUAGGAUUUCAGUGCACCACAGAAUAGGAUUAGAGGCUUAGGUUUGCCCAUGUUUGUGAUUUUAUAACAACUCGAGAUCACACAUUGAUUUUUGAAUGAAAAUCCUUGGAAAUGCAAAGAAAGAUCUCCAUUUUUCUUCUGAAAUCACAAAUGAUUACAUCACCUUCUAGCAAUUUUCUUUUCUUUUAAAAGGAAAUGUGUUUUGGAAAAGGCUGUAUUCAUGUCUAUAUUAACCUCAUAGGCUGAGAAAUUAAUAACAACUGAAUUUAGACUUGAGUUCAAGAUGUUAAACCCAUCCUUUUGUGUGACUUUGAAGCAGAUCUUGCCUGUGCCCUGCCUGCACCUUGCCUAUUCAGUUUGACCUUCUGGGAGGCCUGAGGUCACUUAGAGGGUGCAUGACACCCUACAUGAGUUGAUGCGCCUAGGAGUUCUAAAGCUGAUACUCUUAGGAGUUGGGAGGCAUGGAUGGAGGAUGGGUGGAGGAUGGCUUAUAAUAUUAAAUAGUAUGUAAUGUUGUAUACAUAUAUUUAUAUUGUUAUGGUUCAAAUAAAGUUUAAUUCCAACCAUGAAA